GUCUCAGUGCACUAAGCAGCAUGGACGAUGUCCCUCUGAAGAUGCCACAGGGUCCCCCACAGGAAGUCAAAGAAGACAUUCAGGUUAUUGUCCCUGAUUAUCUCACCAAACUGCAGGAUACAGAGUAUGAGUUCAGUCUGGAGAACUGGGUGCUAACAGGGCUGCAGAGUGGCGUCACCAGCCAGCAGCGCCCUCAGCUCUCCUCCUCUUCAUCGGGACUGCAGCCAACUUGUCCGCCAUACUGGAUGAUGUUCAGCAGCCCACAGCAGAGCCGCCUGGCCAGCCGACACUGCUCCGACUUCUGGGAGCCCAAUCCUCGACAGCGCUCCCACAGCCUCAACCCCGCCGUCCUGCGCACUAAAUUGGCCAUCUCAGACUCAGAGGAUGAUGGGGAGAGUAGCGCACAGAAAGCCUGCUCUGGUAGGGAGCGUCCUGCUGCUGUGUGUCAACGAGGUCAGAGAAGAGCCUUCGUCCCAGACCUUCUGAACCCUCCGGCCUGCCUCAGCAGCCUGCCACACCAACGCAGGAAGAACCUACGACAGUGCUCCCUGUCAGUGCUGGACUCGUCCAAACAACAUGAUCCACACACAGACAGCCAAUCCAAGAGCCCAGCUUCACACAGGACCCCCAACACCAGAGCAAACACCGUCGACAGGCUCCCCAGCACCAACAACCACAACACAAGUCACAUGAAGUCUCUGAGCCCAGGCUCCUGCACAAUCUCCCCCACAACCUCAUCCCCACCGGGUCUCCGCUGUUCAACUUUGGACUCGUCAGCAGAGCUCCUGUCAGCUCUGAGCCCUGAGGAGAGGGAGCUGCUGGGGGCCAUCACUGCCCGGGGGUACCCCCUCCGUACUGCCUUCAUCGCCCUGCAGAAGACAGGCCGGCAGACCCCAGAUCAGAUCCUGAGUUACCUGGUGGCAUGUGACCAUCUGUGUCAGUUGGGUUAUGACAUGGCCCUGGUAGAAGAGGCUCUAGAGAUGUUUCAAAACUGUGAAACAAAGGCAAAGGAGUUCCUUCAUCUUCUGAGUCAGUUCAAUGAGAUGGGCUUCCAGCAGAACGCCAUCAAAGAAGUGCUGCUGGUUCAUGAAAACCACAGGGAACGGGCGCUGGAGGAGCUGAUGAUGCGAGUGGCAUGA